AUUCUCUGAGUGUUCUCUGGAAAAACCUUGUGCCCUGCUCCACACCCACUCUAAUCCACUCUACAGUAUAUACUGGUCCUUUGUGUCUUCAGAAACCCUGCUUUUCUCACAUCGAUAAUGACUAUUGUUGACCUUGGAAUACAGAACUUAAACCAGGGACCAGAAUGCCUCCCAUAUUCCUAGUCCCCAUUUGUCUUCUGUCCAUGCUGUCUGGAUUUCAGUGCCAGACUUAUAAGACUAACGAACAUCAGGACGUCUAUUCCCAAGCGGAUACAUUAGAAAUCCCAGCUCAUCUAAAAGCAGAUGUGACGGAAGUGUUUUUCUUGGGAACUGGUAUUUCAGAGAUCAAAAAUGGGGCCUUUAAAAACAACCCCCAGCUAUCAAAGAUCAGCUUUCUUAACAACCCUAUUGUUUCAAUAGAAACUAAUGCAUUUGAAGGUUUAGGCAGCAUUUCAGAAAUUGAAGUUUCAGGCGGUCAGCUGCAGUCGCUACCUGUUGGUGUCUUCGACAGCGUUAAAAACCUGGAAACUCUCAUAUUAAAGAACAACAAAAUCCACACAAUACAGAAAGGAUUAUUCAAUGGACUUACACGUUUGAAAUCUCUUGAACUGCACAUGAAUGCAAUCGAUUCACUUCCUGAAGAAAUAUUUGAUCAGCUUGAAAACCUUGAAACUCUUCACCUGGCCAAAAACCAUAUAACCUCUGUUUCAAAAGAUAUUUUCAGUAAACUUCAUAACCUUAAAAAGCUCAGACUUUAUGAGAACGAGCUCAGAGCUGUUCCUGAUGGCAUCUUUGAUAACCUGCCCAAUUUGACUGAGAUCGCACUGCAAUCCAACAAGAUCGAAACGUUGCCUCCUGGUCUAUUUGCACAAAAUACAAAUGUAGAGAAGCUGUACAUGGAAAAUAAUUCAAUUUCACAGUUACCAUUAGGAAUUUUCUUUGGUCUUCCUAAAAUCAAAUAUCUAAAGAUUGAUAAUAACCAACUAACAAAACUGCCGGAUGUUCUUUUUGGAGCAAUGCCCAAACUGACUGAUCUUAAGCUUUCUAACAAUGCUCUCACAACUCUCCCAGAUAGGAUCUUCAGCAAUCUCACCUCUCUGCAGAAACUAGUUCUGUCCAACAAUCACAUUACUCAUUUGACAAGCUCAAUUUCUGAGGGGCUGAAAAAGCUGGUGGACCUAGAUUUACAAAAUAAUAAUCUGAAGUCCUUGGACAGCCAGACAUUUGUCCUUUUGCCCAAACUCAAAAAAUUAUCACUUAAAGGUAAUCCGUGGAAUUGUGACUGCAAUUUGAUCAAUCUUGUCAACUGGAAAAAAGCAAAUCCGACAAAGGUCAAGUCAUCCUCACCUGGGACUUGUGAAAGUCCUGAAAAUCUGAAAGGUAAAGCCUUAAAAUCCUUAACAGAAGACCAGCUCAUUUGUCUAACUACUCCUGUUGUCAUCACCACACCAGCACCUACCACCACGACAGCCUUCUCAACUACAGUAAGUACUACAGAGCAACCAACUACCAUUGUAUCGACGACACCACCAUCACCAACCACAACUACAGAGGACACUGCUACAAUUUCAACCCUGUCACCUGAAGCUAUUCCAAGCCAGUGCACCCUUACUGAAGUAAAUGGGACUAGCGUUAUAAACUGUGUGAUCUCUAAAUGUCCUGUUAUUAAAGUUGAAGCCCAGAUAUUUGAUGAUGACAAUAAGAAUUAAUUCAAUCACACCCUCUUUAGUCACUGAUCUCAGUUCUCUCAGUGUGCCAAGGCUACAUUGACCGUUAUUAUUAGCUAAACCUUGAGGUCAACUUGAAAUAAUACAACAGCUUGUCUGCCUAUAUUGUUAGUAGUGCAGAAACUGUAGUUCACAGUUCAAUUCAAUUGUUAUUGUAUUUACUGAGCGUGUAUGCUUUUCUGUUCGCAUACUUGUAUCUGAAGUUAUAAUUCAUUUGUGCAUUUAUUUUGUGUAGCUCCUUUCAAGCCAGGGCAUCCCAAAGUGCUUCACAUGACAAAUAAAUAUACUAUACAAUAAUAUAAUAUAAUGUAAUAUAAUAUAAUAUAAU